GCAACGGGCGGCCUGGUCGAGUGAUCCAGGGAUCGGGCGCCGGGGUGUUCGAGUUCGGCUCGUCCGAUUAUUGCUAACGCGCGUCCUCUGGCUGACCCGUGAUAUCCAAGCUCAGGCUCCUUCACUUCGCCCCUUCCCGUCGUUUAGUUUACCGGACGCGACGACCUCCGGCGUCUGCUGUCCCAUGGCUCUGCCUCCUCUGCUGAUAUAGACAGGACGUGUCCCCUGAUGCUGAAAAGUCAACAGAAUGGAGGAAAAGAAACUGAAACGCCGAAGUCCCAAGACCUCCACAAACCAGCAAGCUCCUUCAGCGGGCAGCAAGAAAAACUUGGUACCCAGUAAAACUCUGGCUUUAAACGCAGGCGGACAGGCGACUGCUCCAAGACAGAAGCUGAAAAGGGUUGUUAUAGAGAAGCCUAAACCACAGACUUCAGCUGGAAAGAGCACCCAGUCGGCCCCCAUCCAGCAUUCCUUCCUCACCGAUGUGUCUGAUGUGAAAGAGAUGGAGAGAGGACUGCUCAGCCUCCUGAACGACUUCCACUCUGGAAAGCUUCAAGCGUUUGGCAAUGAGUGUUCCAUCGAGCAGAUGGAACACGUGCGUGAGAUGCAAGAGAAGUUGGCACGCCUGCACUUUGACCUCUACAGUGACCUCGAAGAACCAGGGGACGAACAUGGGAACAUAGCUGUGGAUGUGAACCUGGACAAACUACUGACCAACUUGGAGGAGUUGAGCUCUUCGAUUCAGAAAUUGAACCUGGCUGAUAAUCAAGACGUCCCAAGAGCGUCCACCUCCUGAAGAAGGAAGCGGGGCCCACAAAAUCAGCGCCACGCAAAUACCAAUGGACAGUUGUACUUGAUAAAGUAGUGGCAUGGUGUGCUAUUAUUAUAUCCUCUGUCCUCUGAGCUGCCUCUUGUUGGAAGUUCCCAAAAGAGUCCGCUGCACCCACCAUUUACCACCACCGGUGCUGUGCUGGACUUCAGCACUUUGCUCUCCACAGUGGCUGGUCUUGGGGGAAUGUGACCUGGCUGACUGGUGUCCCUGGCAAUGUUAUUUGUCCAUGUUUCUGUUGAAAGGGGCCACUGCUGCCGGGGUGCUGAGCAAAUGGUUCUAACAGCUUCCCUUCCUCUAGCUUGACUCUUGACUGGGUGUCAGAGCUCGACGGAAACUGAUGGACCAAGGUUGUUUUAUGGAAGGGACU